CAGAAGGGUUAUGACAAGUUAGUGAACGUCUCUGAUGGAGACGUCGAUGAAGUCGAAUCACUGAAGAACGAGAUGAACGAGUUUCAGACUCCAGCUGAAUUCGAACAGGUAACCAUGAGUGAAGAAAGUGAUUUUGAAAGGGUUUCGGAUGCAGCGCGAAGAGUUCGGUUCGCUCAGGUUCGUGAGGUUCGUCAUAUGCCAAUAUCAUUGGCCGACGAAGCACUGCGGGCACGACUUCCAUAUGCAGCAAGUGACUGUCUGUGUAAAUGCUCGUCAAUUCCGUCACAGUUCAAAUAUAAUAUCGUCCUCUCAGCUAUGUGGAUCAUAUGUACACUAUCUUAUCAAGCAUCUCUUCUGUUCUUAUCAGUGUCAUCUGUUAACUUGGUAUCUGCAUCAUCAUCACUGCUCGUUCUGCUCUUCUCGUCAAUAUGUGCAUUUUCUGCAACAGAUCGUUUCACAGUAGCCAAAUUCUUACUCGUUUUAUGCAAUUUAAUCGGUGUUGGCCUCGUAUCUGAAUAUUCGGUGUCACUCUACGGUACAUCACUUGCUUUUUUCUCAGCUUCAUGCUACGCCUUAUACCUCGUCUAUUUUUCAUACUGCCAAAGUGUGGGAUUCACGAUCGAAAUGAAUUUUAUGUUCGGCAUGGUUGGUGUUCUCACAAUAACCGUCUAUUCUCCAUUAUUACUUUGGUUAGAUUAUGCAUCAAUCGAGAAGUUGUUUCCAUUACCGGAUGGCAAGCAAUUAUCAAUGCUGAUGUUGAACGGUAUUGUUGGUACGGUAUUCAGCGAUUACCUAUGGCUGCAAGCAACCGGUCUAACAAGCUCAUUGGCUGCCUCAAUAUCUCUAUCAAUGUCGAUACCUUUAUCGCUACUCGCUGAUACGGUAUUCCAUGCUCAACCGCCGUCAGUGAUACAGCUGAUUGCUGCAGUACCGAUAACGAUCUCGUUUAUCGGUGCUGCUUUCUUACGUUCUACAUCAGAUAUGAAAGUUGAUGUAGAUGUGGUAUCAUCAUCCUCGCCAUUGGAUUGUGAACAGGGUUUAAGUUUAAUUGACGACGAUAGUUUAGAUGAUGAUCAAGGAUUCUUGUCUGUCUCUGAUCUAAUGCUUGUCUCGGGAGUUCCCCCUCGGCCAGUGGCUACUUUACGUCGCGUAUCACCCACAUCAAUGCCUUUGCCUUCAUUAUCACCAUCAACAUUAUUAAGUGCUGGUUCAUUAUCUGCAUUCAAGCCUAUUCUACCCACCACUUCGGAUUCAUUCUUCGUUUCGGCUCUUAAUUCGUUGAUUGUUCCGAGCGAUGGCAAGUCCAGUCCUGAUCGAAGUUCAGCUCCAGCUUGCACUGACAGUUCAGAUAAUAACAGUACAACUGGUGGUGCUACUACUCUUCUUUGUCAAGUAUGUUCCGAUCGUGCCUCCGGCUUCCAUUAUGGUGUGUUCGCAUGCGAGGGAUGCAAGGGCUUCUUCCGUCGUUCGAUUCAACAAAAAAUUCAAUACAGACCAUGUACUAAGAGUCAACAGUGUGCAAUCGCAAGAAACAACCGGAACCGAUGUCAAUAUUGCCGUUUGAAAAAGUGCAUUGCAGUCGGGAUGUCUCGAGAUGCUGUACGAUUUGGACGAGUACCGAAACGUGAGAAGGCACGUAUGGUGGAGGAGAUGGCUCGUACAUCAGUACGUUCAUUACUCGAUGCAUUAUGCGCCGAGAUGGAAGACGAGCAGGUGAUGAUUGAGGCAUGCGAUAACGCCUUCAGUAUACUAGCUCAGUCGGUCCAGAAUUAUGCGAUCACUAGUGCGACUGCAACUACCACAAACAACAGCUAUCAAUCGGAUUUACGAUGUCCAUUCAGAGUUGCAUUAUUGCAUUUCUUUGACAUGUUUUGUUGCAGAUCGAACAGUUAUUUACCAAUACUGAAAGCUGUUGUUGACUUUUCAACAUCGAUUCCCGGAUUUCAUUUGAUAUUUCAACAAGAUCGUGUACAGUUACUGAAGGGUUCGGUUUUCCAAGCGGUACUGCUCGCAAUGUUACCAACACGUUUCUGUGCUUCCGUCGCUUCAUCAUUUUUGUUGAGUGGACGAGUUUCUGGUGAAUCUGGUCGUUUCUUUACAGACUCUCUGAUCGAUUUUGUCCAGCGAUUCCGACAGUCGGCACUGAGUGAACGACAACUCGGUUUACUAUGUGCACUAGCAAUCUGUCAUCCGGAAGGGAUCUCCUUACAACAACCUUCGUUGGCUGAAAAUCUCCAUGAACGUCUCUCAUGCUUACUACAUCAAUCGCUUUCAUCAUCGUCAAUAACUGUAGCACCAGCAAACAAUACUUCAUCAUCUAUUCAAGUUGUUUUGGCUGCAUUGACUGAUCUACGAACGCUACAUACGCUACAUCAAGAAAAACUGCAAGCAAUUCGUUUCACGUCAAUUUCGACUGCAGCCGAUUAUUCGUCACGGUCGCAAUGUUCCAAUUCAUCAAUCGGCUCUUCGAUAGAUGAGAACAGUUCAAAAGUUGUGAGUGCUGCAGAUGUGUCACCAACAGCUGCAGCGGUAGCUGUAAGUUUGGAAAAUAGCGCAUUGAUGUCGUCAUGCUCAUCCGAUGGCGGUUAUUAUUGCAAUUGCAAUUCGUCAGCACAAAUGCGUCAGGCGACAUCAUCACCUCAGCAGCACUCAUCGCUUCGUUCCUCAUUCGUCGAUCGACAUCGUGCGAUCGCAACUCUUCUCGAGAAACCACCUUCUCGUUGUAUACCAACUGCACAUCGUCAUCGUACUGCAGCAUUCUCAUUUGAUUUCAUACCUUGCGAUGAGCAACCACUUAACUUGAGUAUCAAAAAGAGUGCGCAAAUUUGA